AUGAUUUUAAGCAAGUUUAUUCGUCUUUAUCAAGCCACCGAGUACGCACCCGAUGAUGAUUCUUCCACAAGGACUCCUGUUCAAAACGAUAUUCGGGAGCUCAUUGCCAGUCGCUGGAAUUUACUCUGUCCUCCGUCAGACUCGACUACAAUUGCGUACAUUUUGGGUCCAUCGCAAGACAUCUCCACCUUGCCAAAACGGCCUCUAGUGAAUGAAUCUUCUGAAGAACUACCUGAUUGCGGACGCUCAAUUCAACCUGCGGGCGAGAGCUGUUUCAAGCGCGGUUAA